GGGCAGAAUUCGAAGUUCUGCAGAUGCAGAUUGGUGAAUCUGUAGAUGAUUAUUUUGCAAGGACAAUGGCUAUUGCAAACAAGAUGAGGAUCCAUGGUGAAAAUCCGGAGGACGUUGCCAUAGUUGAGAAAAUCCUUCGAUCUAUGACAACAAAAUUCAAUUAUGUUGUUUGUUCAAUUGAGGAGUCAAAUAAUUUUGAGGUUCUUUCCCUUGAUGAGUUGCAAAAUUCAUUGUUAAUUCAUGAGCGGAAGAUAAAUCGCCAAGACAAGCAAGAGCAAGCAGUGCAGAUCUCGCAGACACAAGCCUUGCAGACCAUAGUUAAUUCAAGGGCUGUAGGUCAAGGAAAAGAAAUCUGGAAAGGCAGACCAAGAUCUGGCAGACCGAAAUCUGACAGAUUGGAGGAAAGUUCAGCCACUGGAAUUCAGAAGAGGUGGCAGAAUAGAAAUUAUCAAGCUGCAGAUAACAGAUCCAAAUCUACAGGAAAGGCAAAUAUUGAAUGCUUCAGAUGUCAUAAGUAUGGCCAUUAUCGUUCUGAGUGCCGUACUAAUCUGAAUAGAGGAGAAAGUUCCAAUUUUGCAGAACACAAUGAGAAGAAUGACGAUUCCUCUAUAUUAAUGGUCUGUCAUCCUAAAGAAGUCAGCAAGAAGAAUGUGUGGUAUCUGGAUACUGGUUGCAGCAAUCACAUGUGUGGAGACAAAUCUGCGUUUUCAGAUUUGGAUGAGUCUUGUCAAGACAAGGUGAAAUUUGGUGAUAAUUCCACUAUUGCAGUCAAGGGAAGGGGAAAGGUAACCAUUCGUGCCAAAGACAAUUCAAUUCAAACUAUUUCUAAUGUUAUGUAUGUACUAGAUUUGAAAUCGAAUCUGCUUAGUUUGGGACAGCUUCAGGAAAAAGGAUAUGAAAUCCUUAUUAAAGAUGGAGUUUGCCAAAUUCGUGAUUCAAAGCUUGGCCUGAUUGCAAAGGUCAAGAUGACGGGAAAUAGGUUGUUUCCAUUAUACUUGCAGACCACAAAUCUGUCAUCUUUGCAACAGAAGAAGAUGGUAAAUGGUCUUCCUCAUUUUGAUUCUCCUUCAAAAAUUUGUGAAAUCUGCAUGGUCAAUAAGCAGCACCGUGACAGCUUUCCUAAAGACAGAUCUUGGAGAGCAAAGCAGGUGCUAGAUCUGGUUCAUUCUGAUCUGUGUGGACCCAUAAAUCCAACAUCCAAUGGAGGUAAACAAUACUUUAUUACCUUUGUUGAUGAUUACAGUCGCAAGACAUGGGUGUAUUUUUUGCAGACCAAGUCAGAAGCCUUAGCAGCCUUUAAAAAUUUCAAAGUCUUGGCUGAGAAUGAGGUUGGCAGAUCUGUAAAGGUUUUGCGGACAGAUCGUGGUGGUGAGUUUAAUUCAAAGGAAUUUGCAAAUUUUUGUGAGUCCAAUGGCAUUAAAAGGCAACUCACAACAGCCUAUACACCUCAACAGAAUGGUGUAUGUGAGAGGAGGAAUCGCACAAUCAUGAAUAUGGUGCGAAGUCUGACGUCAAAGAGCGGCUUGCCUAAGGAGUUUUGGCCAGAAGAUGUUAAUUGGAGUGUUCAUAUCUUGAACAAAAGUCCCACAUCUCCACUUCCAGAUUUGAUGCCAGAAGAGGCUUGGAGUGGACGUAGACCUGCUGUUAAUUACUUCAGAAUUUUUGGAUGCAUAGCAUAUGCACAUGUGCCAGAUCAGAAAAAGAGUAAGCUUGAUGACAAAAGGGAAAAGUGUAUUUUCCUUGGUGUAAGUGAUCAGUCCAAAGCUUACAGAUUAUACAAUCCUUUAACCAAGAAGGUCAUCAUUAGCCAUGAUGUAAUGUUUGAUGAAGCAAGCACUUGGUCUUGGACAGAAAAAUCUGGGCAACAGAUUCCUGUAGAUUUCGAAAAUGGAGAAGAUCUGACUAUGCAGAACUCAGAAGGUCAAACUUUAGCAGAACUCGAGGUUUCAAGACAGACAAAUAAAGAAAUUCUACCUACAGAAGUAGAGUUCAGUACUGGAGGAAGUCUGCCAACAACACCAGAACUGAAAUCUGGAACUAGUUCCAGACCUCAAUGCAAAAAGAGAAGACCAGCAUGGUUGGAAGAUUAUGAGGUAACAGAUCUACCGCAAGAUGAUGUUCCAGUUAAUCAUUUUGCUUUAUUUGUAGAUUGUGAUCCCUUAACAUAUGAAGAAGCUGUUAAAGAAGAAAAGUGGCAAAAGGCUAUGGCAGAAGAAAUUGGUUCUAUUGAAAGGAACCAGACUUGGGAGUUGACAAAUCUUCCAGAAGGGCACAAAACAAUUGGUGUUAAGCGGAUCUACAAGAAAAAGCUCAAAGAGAAUGGGACGGUUGACAAAUUCAAAGCUCGCUUGGUGGCAAAAGGUUACAAGCAAGAGUUUGGCAUUGAUUAUCAAGAAGUUUUUGCUCCAGUUGCAAGGAUGGAUACCAUCAGAUUGGAAGUUCUGGACAGAUUUCAAAUGAAGAACUGCAAUUCUGUCACUACACCAGUUGACAAAGGUGUAAAGCUCGUGAAAGAUCCAGGAGGUAAAUCUGUGGACAGCAAACUGUAUAAGCAGAUUGUUGGAAGUCUGAUGUAUCUGACAGCAACAAGAUCAGAUAUAAUGAAUGGUGUAAGUCUGAUUAGCAGAUAUAUGGAGCAUCCAAAGGAGUUGCACUUGCAGACUGCUAAAAGAAUUCUCAGGUAUUUAUGUGGAACUGCAGAUUUUGGACUAUUCUAUAAGAAGGCUGACCAGACAGAUCUCGCAGGCUUUACAGACAGUGAUUAUGCUGGAGAUCUGGAUGACAGAAAAAGCACAUCUGGGUUUGUUUUUAUGUUGGGAUCUGGUGCAAUUUCAUGGUCUUCAAAGAAGCAGCCCAUUGUGACUUUGUCCACAACAGAAGCGGAAUAUGUGGCAGCAACUUCUUGUGCUUGUCAAGUUAUUUGGUUGAGAAGAAUUAUGGAAGAACUUGAGUUGAAUCAACAUGAGGCCACUUCAAUUUAUUGUGAUAACAGUUCAGCCAUCAAACUUUCUAAAAAUCCAGUUUUGCAUAGGAGAAGCAAGCAUAUACAUGUGAGGCUAUGGACAAGAAAAGAGAGGGAGAUUGCAGUGAUUAGCCACGGCAUAUUCUUGCAGCAGACACUCGGCACUUGGAGCCAAGUCUUACACACCAAUGCCGAAUGAUCUCCUUAAACGAUGAGCUGCAUUAUUCUGAAAGAAAAUUUGUUGUUUAACUCUGUAAAACAUGCUUAUUUUGUGUGAUUAAUUUGUGUGUAGAUUUCGAAAUUGUGAGUUUCGUUCAAUUUCAAUGUCAGUGACUAUUAUUGAUGUGGGGUGAGUGUGUACUUUCUUUUUCUUUUUCUUUUUCUUUUUUUAAUUUUUAAUUUUUAGGUAACAUAGGGAUUGGGACUUUUAAUCAACUAAUUUCAUGGUU